AUGCGAGGCAGGGACUCGACAGCGGCGGACCAGUCAUACCUUUCGCCGGCGCCACCAACGAGGCCAAGAGCACCAAGAGGAGGCACCAGCAAGCAGCAGCCGCAGCAACAGGUGGAGAGGAUGGCAAGGCUGCCGGCAUCGCUCAUGGCCCUCGUCAAUGCUCCCUUUGCCCGUGCUGGGCCGGUGGCGGCGCCUCGGGCCAUGGCCGACGUGUAUCGGGCCGUGGCCGACGAAGCGUCCCGGAGCAGGCUGGGGGCGGAACCGUGGCUCGCCAUAUCGGCGGCUGAUGAGAAAGCAAAUUCGCAAACGCAGGCAGCGGCGACCUUUACCCUCAACUCCCCCGACGCCCUCGCCGUGCUCUUCGAUGUCGCAACGUCCGACGGGAAUCGCCGUCUGGCCGGGGACCGUCGUCGGCAGCGGGAACCGGGGCCAGAGCAGGCCCGGCCGCAAGAGCGGGCGCGGUCGCGGGAGCGGAAACAAGCGCAUCAUCAAGCCCAGGGGCAGCUCCCGACGGCCGAGCUGAUGCGUGAAGUCGGCCUCAAGUGCAUCAGCUUCAACGGCAUCCCCCGGACCAUCAACUGCCUGAACGCGUUCCACGCCCACCUGCCCACCGAUGUGGCCGCCCAACUCGGCACGCGCCCGUCGCGCCAGCCAACCGAGGAGAACCUCGAUGCCGUCGCCGCCCGCGGUCGCCACCUGUGGGACUCCAUCUACGCGCCCUUCCAGGACAAGCUGCUGGCCAAGCUGGCCCUCGCCCACCCGGACCUGCCGGUGCACAUCCUUCACAGCCACUACGGCCCGCUGCUGAGCGAUCCGCCUGCCUCGGACGGAGCCUCCUCUUCGCACCUCGGGCGGGUGCUCACGAGCAUCGUCGCCAUUGCCUGCUUGCGCGCCCAGACGGGCGUCGGACCUCAGGUGCUGUCGCACCUUUUCGGCCUGCGCAAGGCGUGGGAGGAUGGCACGUGGAAGGACGGCCCGGCCCUGGACGAGGAGGCCGUGCGGUGGCUCGCGGGAGACAAAGGCAACGAGUGGAUUCUCAGGAGCGUCGACCGCAUCGUCGACGCCCUCGCGGGCGGCAACUCGGCCGCAUCACCCAAACUGUGA